AUGCUGGGUUCAGAGCGCGGUGUUGUCGAAGAAUGGCUCUCAGAAUUCAAGUCCUUACCAGAAACCCAACUCGCAAGUUAUGCCAGCAGUCUUCAUUUGAAGAAGUCCUUGGUACCGGCACUGUACAGGGUCAUCCAAGAUCCGGGCAAUGAGCUGUUGGAGCCCGUGUGCCACCAGCUGUUCGAGCUGUACCGCAGCUCCGAGGAGCGCCUGCGGCGUUUCACCAUGCAGUUUCUGCCCGAGCUGGUGUGGGUGUAUCUGCGAGUCACGGCCAGCAGAGAUCGGCAGAGUAAUGGGUGUAUUGAAGCCCUACUCCUGGGAAUCUACAACUUGGAGAUUGUGGACAAAGACGGCAACAGCAAGCUCCUUUCCUUCACCAUCCCCUCGUUAUCGAAACCAUCCAUUUAUCAUGAGCCUUCGAGUUUGGGGUCCAUGGCCUUGACAGAAGGGGCUCUGUGUCAACACGACUUGAUUCGCGUGGUGUACAGUGGCCUCCACCCUCAGAGAGAGACCUUCACGGCUCAGAACAGGUUUGAGGUGCUGUGUUUCCUCAUGCUGUGCUACAAUUCAGCAGUUGUCUACAUGCCGCUGUCCUCCUAUCAGUCGGUCUGCAGAAUGAGCUCACGGUUGUGUGUAUGCGGUUUCCCGCGGCAGCAGCAGAAACUCUGGAGGGAGCCUUCCAACCGCGUGCUUUUGGACCCGGAGUUCAUGGUGCAAAUGCUGACUGCUGUUUAUCAUGCCAUCUACAACGGAGAGUGGGAGAUGGGUCGAGAAGCCCUGGAGGAUGUUCUGUACAGAGCCCAGCUUGAGCUUUACUCUCAACCAUUGCUACUGGGCAAUGCCAUGAAGAACUCCCUCCCAGAGAGUGCCCCCAAUGAGCCGCAAGGGCGCAAGGUUCUGCAGGUGGAAGUGACGCCCACCGUUAGCCGCAUUUCCAUCUCUGCCAUCACCACCGCGUCCAUCCGACGCCACCGCUGGAAGAGAGAAGAUUGUUUUGACUACUCGAGCGAUGCAGAGUUGAGCGUCGCCGUCACUCGUCCUAGCCCCACCCAACACCCGUCAGCCAAUGAGCAGAGAGACGGCGGCCCUCACAACCACCAUCACCACCACAGCAGCAACGUCAUUCCCCCCAUCACGCUCGAGGAUGCCGACGGUAUGAGCGGUGGUGAGGAUUCUUUCAACGCCAACGACCCAGAUGAGGGUUUCUCUUCCGGGGCGUCCAACAGCAGCCAGCCCUGCGGCACCAGGGCAAGCGGCACGGGUGGACCGAAGGCCGGCGGCGGUCUCAAGAAAGCCAUCACGGCCCGCCUUUCCCGGGACAAAGACCGAGACCGGCCCGAGGUGUCCAAGCAGCCGGACGCCAUGACAGAGGUCAAACGCCAGAGGAAGCCGUCGCCGCCGGCUAGCAUCCGACUGGACGCCAUCCAGCUGAGUCCCAUCAAGAAGCACUUGAGCUUCCCCUCCGGACCCCCACUGGUAAGGACCGGCAGCGCCUCCUCCAGCAAGUCUUUCGACUGCACUGCCUUCAGCCUGAACGGCGGUGGCCGGGAACAGGAGGGCGUGGACGAGGAUGGCGGGCGGCCUGUCACUGGGUCCCACCGCCACUCCACCAUCAGCCUGCAGGAGGGACAACUCAUCAGGCCCUCAGACGACCCCCUUUUGUCCCCCGGGGCCCCCCUCAGCAGGCAGUCGCGGUCCCCCAGCUUCAACAUGCAGAUCAUAUCGCAGGUUUAA